GAUAUUCUAUGCCCACGAGAAAGAAACAAAAGCAAACACAAUUUGUGUUUAGUUUUCAGUUCCGCAUUUCUUGCUUCACGAGACGAGACCAACGAUUCUACAAACUCAAAGAGGUUUCAAGAUUUAUCUCUUCAUUAACAAACAAAAACUAACUUUUCGAUCUCUACUUCUCUAAUCUCAUUCAUAGAAAACAAAGUUCAAGACAGUAUUUAGAACUGAAGCAAUUUUGAUUUCUGAAAAAUGGCAGAAGAAGGUUUCUUAUUACCAGCUUCUCCUAAUGAAUCUUCUUCUUCUUCUUUUUCUUCACUUGUGUCUGAAAUAUCAAAUGCAUGCACGAGACCUUUUGUUCUUGCUUUCACUGUCGGUUCUUGCGGCGCCUUUGCCUUUGGAUGCAUUAUCGGAUAUUCGGCUCCGACACAGACCAGUAUCAUGAAAGACUUGAAUCUCUCCAUAGCUGAUUAUUCACUAUUUGGGUCGAUAUUGACGGUGGGGUUAAUCCUUGGAGCAUUAAUCUGUGGGAAGUUAACAGAUUUAGUUGGUCGUGUCAAAACUAUAUGGAUCACAAACAUACUCUUCUUAAUCGGUUGGUUCGCUAUCGCAUUUGCCAAGGGUGUUUGGCUGCUUGAUCUUGGAAGGUUACUGCAAGGGAUCUCGAUCGGCAUUAGCGUAUAUUUGGGACCGGUUUACAUCACCGAGAUAGCACCAAGAAACUUGCGAGGAGCUGCUUCUUCCUUCUCGCAGUUAUUCGCCGGUGUUGGUAUAUCGGUCUUUUAUGCACUUGGAACCGUCGUCACAUGGCGCAAUUUAGCAAUUUUGGGAUCUAUACCUUCUCUAAUGGUUAUGCCUCUUCUUUUCUUCAUCCCCGAAUCUCCUAGAUGGCUAGCUAAAGUAGGAAGGGAAAAGGAAGUUGAAGCAGUUUUGUUAAGCCUACGAGGAGCAAAAUCUGAUGUAACAGAUGAAACAGCAGAGAUAUUAGAAUAUACAGAGCAUGUUAAACAACAACAAGAUGUCGAUGGUGGUUUCUUCACGCUAUUUCAGCGAAAAUAUGCGUUCUCACUUACUAUUGGAGUUGUUCUUAUAGCCUUGCCUCAGCUUGGAGGUCUUAACGGCUAUUCUUUUUACACCGACUCCAUUUUCACCUCUACCGGUGUAUCGAGUGACUUCGGAUUCAUAUCGACAUCUGUUGUUCAGAUGUUUGGAGGCAUUUUAGGUACUGUGCUUGUUGAUGUAUCUGGAAGACGUACGCUCCUUUUGGUUUCCCAAGCUGGAAUGUUCUUGGGUUGUCUUGCCACAGCCAUUUCAUUCUUCUUGAAGGAGAAUCAUUGCUGGGAAACAGGAACACCAGUCUUGGCUCUCAUUAGUGUUAUGGUGUAUUUUGGAUCAUACGGAUCUGGUAUGGGAUCAAUACCAUGGAUCAUAGCAUCAGAGAUUUAUCCAGUAGAUGUGAAGGGAGCAGCAGGAACAAUGUGUAACUUGGUCAGCUCUAUAAGCUCAUGGCUCGUUGCUUAUUCCUUCAGUUUCUUGCUUCAAUGGAGCUCCACAGGAACAUUUCUGAUGUUUGCCACAGUGGCUGGCCUUGGAUUUGUCUUCAUAGCCAAGCUUGUUCCAGAGACCAAAGGCAAAUCUCUAGAAGAGAUUCAAUCUCUUUUCACUGAUUCUCCUCAAGAUUCUACAAUUUUAUGAAAUCCCACAAAAUUGUAUAAAAAGUAUGUAAACAAAAAAAGUUUAUUAACAAUAUUAUUUAUGUAAACAUUAUUGUUUUCAUGUUUUUGGCAAGAGUUAAAAUAUUAACAAACACCUUUCACAAGAUUCACAUGAAACUAUCAAAACAUUACAGUAAUACAAAGUUUUACAGACUGAAA